GCGGCCAACUCAAAUGCAGACUUUUGGCGUUGUAUCAACCUACUCAAACUACAGCUGCAAUCUUUGGAUAGAAUAGAUGCCAUGCAGAAAUCAAGUGAUGAAGUUGACGAAAAAAGUAUUGUAAAACCUAAGACGUUAUCCAGAGAUGAAGCCAUCACCAAACUAGAAGAGGUUAUUCUGACGAUAGUUGAAGAUAUCUCUCAAAAUAAACCUCCUUCUCUGAAAUAUAACUGCAGAAAUUCAUGGAAGAACACAAGGUUUAACAGCGCAGUUGGAAUUGAAAUGAUUGAUGAUAUCAGCCUGACGGAACACAGAUUUGAUUCCAUAGCAUCAAUUGGAAAGUUUGCUGCAACACUAAGGGUCAUGGCAUUUUGCUACAACCUUCUCCAACAAGAUACAUAUGCAACAAAACGAGAUAUCUAUUACACUGAUGUUCCAUUCUUUGGGAAUCAGAGUGUUGUGGAUUCAAUCAUUGACAACAUUGCAUGCAUGCUGAAGGUGCCAAGACACUGUUUACAUGUGCUGGCUGCAUCUAAAGGUUGUAUUGCUGGAGACCUGAGAUACAGAGAACACGAUGGAGCAUAUGUAGAUUGCAACGAUAGUAACUCGGGAACAAUGGUGUCAUCUCACGUGCAGGGAAUUUACAAUUUACAUUCCGAUGCCAAAUUUGUGUUAGUUGUUGAAAAAGAAGCCUCCUUCCAGCGGUUGAUGGACGACAAUGUAUUACAGCGGUUACACCCGUGUAUUAUCAUCACUGGAAAAGGUUUCCCAGAUGUGAAUACCCGUAUGAUGGUCCGUCGAUUGUGGUGCACUCUCCAGAUACCUAUCUUAGCCCUUGUGGAUGCAGACCCUCAUGGUAUUGAGAUCCUCAGCGUGUACAAGUUUGGUUCAAAGGCCCUCUCGUUUGACGCACACAGCUUAACCGUUCCUGUUUUAAAGUGGCUCGGCGUGUUGCCAAGUGACAUCACCAGGUUGUCUAUUCCGCAUGAUCAACUUAUACCGCUGACCGAACGAGACAAAAGCAAAGCACGUGAACUGCUUGACCGACCCCACAUUCAGUCCCAAGAAGUCUGGAAACAAGAGAUUAAGACCAUGUUAUCGCUGGGAUUCAAGGCAGAGAUUCAAGCUCUUUCCUCCAUCUCCUUCAAUUUUCUUUCAGAGACUUAUCUCCCUGUUAAGAUCAAGCAUGGCCGAUGGAUCUGAUAUCAAAACUAUCACUUGGCUUGCACUGUCCUCCAUAUUUACUCACAUUUAAGAAAGCAAUGACAACACCUCUUUGAAGGAAUAGUGACUAGAGCAACGGAUUUCUGAAUAACAAUUAAUUAACCACUUGACAUCCGUGGAUUUUUUUUUCCAAUGACCGAGAGUUCAGACCAGUGACUCAAUUUCUAAACACAUUAAUGUUAUGACAAUCAGCAAUCAAUGAUUGCAGAUUUCAAUUGCUUACAAAAUACUGCAAUCGUUGAUUGCUGUAUUUUGUAAGCAGUUGAGAAAUCAAAUAGUU